AUGUCCAUGGACGAGAAGAACCCAAAGGACCUCGUGAGCUCGGCUGCGUCCGACCACGAUGCCUCGUCCUCCGGCUCCGUCGACGGGGCCUGGAAGUUCCUCAACGACCACCGCGAGGCCGGCGGCGACACCAGCUCGGUCGACAUCAAUGCGCUCCGCCGCAAGAUUGACUGGCACAUCGUGCCCCUCAUGUUCGGAUGCUACACGAUGCAGUUCCUGGACAAGGUCAUCCUCAACUACGCGGCCGUGAUGGGUCUUAACAAGGACCUCAAGCUGGUCGGAAACGACUUCUCCAACAUUGCCACGUUCCUCUUCGUGGGUUUGUUGUGCUUCGAGAUUCCAAACAUCUACUUUCUCCAGAUGGUUCCCGCCGCCAAAUGGCUGGGCAUCAACGUGAUCCUCUGGGGCACCGCGACCGCCUGCGGUGCCGCCGCCCACAACUACACCUCCCUGCUCGUCUCGCGCGUCUUCCUGGGAAUCUUCGAGGCGACCAUCGGCCCGUCCCUUAUGCUUAUCAGCUCCCAGUGGUACACCAAGUCCGAGCAGGCCCCGCGCUUCUCCUUCUGGUACCUGGGCCUCCGCCUCGGCCAGAUCCUCGGCGGCGCCAUCUCCUACGGCUUCCAGCACGUCGCCCCCGGCGCNCUCGGCCUCGGCCAGAUCCUCGGCGGCGCCAUCUCCUACGGCUUCCAGCACGUCGCCCCCCGCGCCGGCCUCGCGGGCUGGCGCAUCAUGUUCGUCGUCCUCGGCUGCGUCACCGUCACCAUNGUCGCCCCCGGCGCCGGCCUCGCGGGCUGGCGCAUCAUGUUCGUCGUCCUCGGCUGCGUCCCCGUCACCAUCGGCCUGACCACGUUGUUUUUCGUCCCGGACACCCCGAUGAAGGCCCGCUGGCUGAGCGACACCGAGAAGGUCGCCCUGCUGAAGCACGUCAGCGUCAACCAGACCGGCAUCGAAAGCCGCAAGUUCCGUCCCAAGCAGAUCCUCGAGGCGCUCAUGGACCCUCAGAUGUACCUGAUGACCAUUGCCGUUGUCCUCCUUUCCGUCUCCAGCGGUGUCGUCACCACCUACUCUGCCACUCUUAUCCGCAACCUGGGCUACGACUCCAAGCACGCCGCCCUGAUGAACAUGCCCUCCGGUGUUGUGAGCAUCUUCUUCACGCUCCUCGUCGGAUACGGUAUUCGCUACCAGUCGAACCGCUGGGCCUGGAUUGUCGCCUGCAUCAUCCCAGCCAUCAUCGGUGGCGCUCUGAUGUCUUUCCUCCCCGUGAGCAACCGCGCCGGCUGCCUCGCGGGCAUCUACCUCGUCAACGCCGUCGUCGCUCCGUUGACCGUGUUCUACGCCUGGACCGCCGCCAACUUUGGUGGCGCUACCAAGCGCGCCUUCGCCGCCGCCAUCGUCAGCGGAUCCUUCUCCCUCGGCAACAUUAUCGGCCCGCAGACCUUCCAGGCCCGCGACGCCCCCGACUACCGCCCGGCCAAGAUCGCCGUCAUGGGCACCCAGGCCGGCUGCGCCGUCGUCACGCUGGCCCUGUACGCCUACUACCGCUGGGAGAACAAGAGACGCGGGGCCAAGCAGCAGUCCGAGGACGCCUUCAUGGCCCCCGAGGUCUGGGCCUCGAUGACUGAUAAGGAGAACAAGCAGUUCCGCUACAGCUACUAG